GAAAAGCCCUACAUCCUCCACUACGCCGCACCCGAGGGCUUUCCGCAAAACAACUUCUCGAUUGAGCCCGUCCAUGGCAUCCAACUACACAACCUCCGCACGGCCAAGCUCGACUACAACGAGCACGGCAUGGCCAUGGCAACCAUCGAUGACAUCAACUUGGACGCCGACCGCUUCGACGACGACGACUGGGUCGAGAGCGUGUACCUCCCGCAGCUCCACAAAGCCAUCUGCCACGCCCUGGGAGCCAAGGACAUGACCGUGUUCGACUGGAUGGUGCGGAAACGUGCCCCGUCGUUUCCCCGGCGUUGCGAGGGCGAGACCAACGUCGAUGCGCACCAGCCGUCUUUGUCUGCUCAUAUCGAUUACACCGAGGCUGAGCUUGACUCGCGUCUUGAUGGCUACUUUGGUGCGGAGAAGGAAAAGAUGUUGAAUCGCCACUACCAGGUCAUCAACAUCUGGAAGCCCCUCUCAGGCCCAUGCCGUGACUUCCCCCUCGCGUUUCUCGAUCCACUGACCGUUGAUGCCUCCCAGGACCUCAUCAAGGUCGAUGAGGUCUUCCCUACCGUGGCAAACGAGGUCUUCCAGGUCUGCUACAGCCCAAAGCAUGCAUGGUAUUAUAUUCCUGAUCAACUGGCGUCGGAGCUGGCGGUUUUCAACGCCUACGACUCAAAAAGGGGCCAGAGUUUGGCCGUCCCGCACUGUUCGUUCGACUUGGGCGACUCGGGAUCGGGCAUCCCGAGACAUAGUAUUGAGGUCAGGGCUUUUGUGUUUUACUGA